CCGUUCUGGUGCUUUAGAACAACUGAAGAAUACAGAAGAAAUCUUGGUUCAUCUCUCCCUCACCUGUUGCAGAUCCUCCAGAAUGAUUGGUGGCAAAUAGCUGAAGCUGUUUGUCCUCUAGAGAAGGACACGUCCCUAGCGAUCUUCACGACGGCUCUGCUCACUGUACCAUCUGUGCUGAGGCUUGCCAGCUGUCACGCCAGUGGAUCAAGGAAAACCUGUGCUCCCCCCUCUUCCCCACUUAAAGAACUUGAGCAGACGAGACUCUAAUCGUUCUUUGGGCAUGUUCAGAGAGAGAAGAUCUGUCUACACCGAGGAGGGAAGCUGAACUAUUGGGAGAUUUCUUUCUCGUGCUGGACGCCCUGUCCUCCUCUCUCGGCUCCCGUCCUGGCGAUGAGAUCGCGGUUUGGAAUCUCAGUCCAGCAACUCUUGUGCGGCCUCUCUGAAGAUGCCGCCAAGGACAAAGAGAUGGGCGUCCGAAGGGGCCACAGCUGGGAACCCGCCAAGACGUGUGCCCGCCCCAGGCAGAAGGAAGAACGGGAUACAGCUUUCGCUCAGCAGAAGGCCCAGCGCGCCUCCCUGAGGACCCAUCUGCGGGAGAAAUACCAUCUCCCAAAGAACCUGGCUGAUGAAAAGCAGUUGGAAGCCGCUGGGGGUAAGGCCCAGCUCCCCCGAGAUCUUCUGACCAUCGUGCAACCCAGCGUUGCCUUGCAAAUCCCUUCUAACUUCCCCAGCUUCGGUGGGAUAGAUUUUGACUCCCUGCAAACAACCCUCCAAAGCCCAGUGCAGUCUUUCCGGCCCCCAGGGCAGUGUCUGAUCAUGUGAACGCCACAUUUUAGAGGAUGCAGGAAAAAUCUUUUAGUAGGGUGAUCCUCCAGCAGGGCUCAUCUAUAAGGCUGCUUCAGUGAACGUCCUCUCAUAGUUUUGGAGGUAUUGCAUCUUAGUGGGAAGGGAGCUUUCGGUAAAGACCGAUGAGAAGACAGGUGGAUCAAAUCAUCAAUAGGGUGGCCUUAUCCUAUAACCAUUCUACAUCACUAUAUCUCUCCUUUUUGACCAUUCCCUGAGGAUCACGCGCACGUCUCACAGCUCCGCUCAGUAGCUUUUCCAAGCCUCACCCCGAAACACUGAUUGAAAUGCAAUUUGUGUACGAGAUUAUUUAUGAGAUUAAAAUCCCACCUUUCCUU